AUGUCUGUCGUGGUUGCUGGAGGAGAAAAGGAUAGCACACGUGCCAUCUUUGAAGUAUGUGAUAUCACCUCGCUUCCAGCUCUAACAUUUUAUAGCUCCAUGAUUCUCGACAAUGAGCACACUCUCCAGGCUCUCUGUCAAAAGCAAGACGGAUCUCCCCCUGCCUGUGCUGGGCGGGAUGCUGUUCACUGUGGACUCUCCUCAGAGGCUCCGAUCACGGGGGAAGGUCAGGCAGGCGUCAAGGAGAUGGAUGGGGAGCUGACCGCAGCCCCGACACCUGAGCAGCCAGACCCAGGCGUCCACUUUGUCACCACAGCUCCCACCCUCAAGCUGCUCAACCACCACCCACUUCUGGAGGAAUUCCUUCAGGAGGGGCUAGAAAAGAGCGAGGAAGCACCAAGGCCGGCGCUGCCCUUCCAGCCUGAUCCACCCACGCCUGUCACUUCAAGCCCCCUUCCCCGCCUGACCAACCAGGACAGCCGCCCAGUUUUUACCAGUCCGACUCCAGCUGUGGCUGCAGCACCCACCCAGCCCCACCCCAGGGAGAAGCCUUGGAACCCAGAGUCAGAGGCCCCUGAGCUUCUUAUCACAUCUCCUCUACCUCCAGGGCCCAGUAUGGCAGUGCCCACCCUGCACCCAAAGGACAGACCCAGUACGACACCCACCAGCCGAACAUGGACUCCAACUCAGGAGGGUCCUGGAGAGGGCAAACCGUGGAUUCCAGAGGUCAUGUCUCAGACUACAGGGCUUGGUAUCGAGGGGACCAUUGCCACCUCCACAGCUUCAGGGGAUGAUGAAGAGACCACAACCACCAGCACCAUCAUUACCACUACCAUCACCACAGUCCAGCCACCAGGCCCCUGUAGCUGGAAUUUCUCAGGCCCAGAGGGCUCUCUGGAUUCCCCCUCAGCCCCCAGCUCACCCUCUGACGUUGGCCUGGACUGUUUCUACUACAUCUCUGUCUAUCCUGGCUAUGGAGUAGAGAUCAAGGUGGAGAACAUCAGCCUUCAGGAAGGGGAGACCAUAACAGUAGAGGGCCUCGGAGGGCCUGACCCAUUGCCCCUGGCUAACCAGUCUUUCCUGCUCCGGGGCCAAGUCAUCCGCAGCCCCACCCACCAAGCAGCCCUGAGGUUCCAGAGCCUUCCACUACCUGUUGGGCCUGGCACUUUCCAUUUCCACUACCAAGCCUAUCUCCUGAGCUGCCACUUUCCCCGGCGUCCCGCUUAUGGGGAUGUGACUGUCACCAGCCUCCACCCAGGAGGCAGCGCCCGCUUCCACUGUGCCACGGGAUACCAGCUAAAAGGUGCCAAGUUCCUCACCUGUCUCAAUGCCACCCAGCCCUUUUGGGAUUCCCAAGAGCCGGUCUGCAUUGCUGCUUGUGGCGGAGUGAUUCGAAAUGCUACCACUGGUCGCAUUGUCUCUCCCGGCUUCCCGGGCAACUACAGCAACAACCUCACCUGCCACUGGUUGCUAGAGGCGCCUGAGAGCCAGCGACUACACCUGCAUUUUGAAAAGGUCUCCCUGGCAGAAGAUGACGACAGGCUCAUCAUCCGCAACGGGAACAACGUGGAGGCCCCGCCAGUGUACGAUUCCUACGAGGUGGAGUACCUGCCCAUUGAAGGCCUGCUCAGCUCCGGCAGAUACUUCUUUGUGGAGUUCAGUACUGAUAGCAGUGGGGCAGCGGCAGGCAUGGCCCUGCGCUAUGAGGCCUUUCAGCAGGGCCACUGCUAUGAGCCCUUUGUCAAAUAUGGCAACUUCAGCAGCAGCGCACCCUCCUAUCCUGUGGGUACCACUGUGGAGUUCAGCUGUGACCCUGGCUACACCCUGGAGCAGGGUUCCAUCAUCAUCGAGUGUGUUGACCUCCACGACCCCCAGUGGAAUGAGACAGAGCCAGCCUGCCGAGCUGUGUGCAGCGGGGAGAUCACAGACUCGGCAGGCGUGGUGCUCUCUCCAAACUGGCCUGAGCCAUAUGGCCGGGGGCAGGACUGCAUCUGGGGUGUGCACGUGGAGGAGGACAAGCGCAUCAUGCUGGACAUCCGAGUGCUGCGCAUAGGCUCUGGGGACGUAUUGACCUUCUACGAUGGGGAUGACCUGACGGCCCGGGUCCUGGGCCAGUACUCAGGGCCCCGUGGCCACUUCAAGCUCUUCACCUCCAUGGCUGAUGUCACCAUCCAGUUCCAGUCAGACCCUGGGACUUCGGCGCUGGGAUACCAGCAGGGAUUUGUCAUCCACUUCUUCGAGGUACCCCGCAAUGACACAUGUCCGGAGCUACCUGAGAUCCCCAAUGGCUGGAAGAGCCCAUCACAGCCUGAGCUGGUGCAUGGUACGGUGGUCACCUACCAGUGCUACCCUGGCUACCAGGUGGUAGGAUCCAGUAUUCUCAUGUGCCAGUGGGACCUGAGCUGGAGUGAGGACCUGCCCUCAUGCCAGAGGGUGACAUCCUGCCAUGACCCAGGGGAUGUGGAACACAGUCGACGCCUCAUAUCCAGCCCCAAGUUUCCUGUGGGGGCAACUGUGCAGUAUAUCUGUGACCAGGGUUUUGUGCUGACGGGGAGUGCCAUCCUCACCUGCCAUGAUCGUCAGGCUGGCAGCCCCAAGUGGAGCGACAGGGCCCCCAAAUGUCUCUUGGAACAGUUCAAGCCAUGCCAUGGUCUCAGCGCCCCUGAGAACGGUGCCCGCAGUCCUGAGAAGCGGCUUCACCCAGCAGGGGCCACCAUCCACUUCUCCUGUGCCCCUGGCUAUGUGCUGAAGGGCCAGGCCAGCAUCAAAUGUGUGCCUGGACAUCCCUCACAUUGGAGUGACCCCCCACCCAUCUGUAGGGCUGCCUCUCUGGAUGGGUUCUACAACGGCCGUAGCCUGGAUGUUGCCAAGGCACCUGCCACCUCCAGUGCCCUGGAUGCUGCCCACAUGGCAGCUGCCAUCUUCCUACCACUGGUGGCGAUGGUGCUGCUGGUGGGAGGUGUGUACCUCUACUUCUCCAGGCUCCAGGGGAAAAGUCCCCUGCAACUUCCCCGAACUCAUCCUCGCCCCUAUAACCGCAUCACGGUGGAGUCAGCAUUUGACAACCCAACUUAUGAGACUGGAGAGACGAGAGAAUAUGAAGUUUCCAUCUAG